UUACAUGGCAAGUAUUCUAUAGGCGCAGAAAUGUAUACCGGCCGGCAUCUCUUUACUCUAUUGUUUUACUGGAUCGGAGCCUUCUACCGAACCGAAGCUCAUUACCAGAGCACAUUAUAUUGCCAUCGUUUCAUCGCGCCUCUAAUAGCAUCAGUCCUCUCUCCGUGUACAUUUCCAUGUAUAUGCCUCUCGCCGGAAGGAAUUUCAGCAGUGAUUAUGCUAUGGGAGCCCGAUGGAACUCCUUGCAGGGUUGGUCACUGCAAAGGAGGUGCUUGUCUUGAACUUCGGAAUUUUUCAAGAGUGAGACUUCACCAUCACUCUAGAAAGGAAGAAAGUAACCGUGUCCCUAUUGCCAGCUCUCGUGACCGAAAUAGUAGCACUUCUGGCAUAACUAGCGUCGGCAGCACUAGUACAGCUGUUAUCCAAGAGAUUGCAACGGCGGAACGUGCUGGCAAACUUUACGUCAAUCGAGGAAAAGCCAUAGAUACAGGCGUUUUCCCCAGCAGUGGAGGCAAUGUACCUGAACGAAGUAUGAGCAGGUUCCGUGCAAAAAGAGCAGCAAAACACCGAGCAAAGGCACAAGGUGGGCGAAAGAAAAGCAAAUUGAACGUCCUGCCAUGGUUUUUGCGUAAAAGGCGCAAUAAUAGCUUAGUUCAGGCUACUAAUAAUGGAAAAAUCAAUGACGCCCAAAGUUUAGGAGGAACCAGCGGCAGUGGAGGUGUGGGAUAUACACCGAGCGCCACUGGUUUUGCCAGCCCGAACGCCUACGCUGGGGCAGGCCCUGGAAUUAAGAACGGGUAUGGUGGCCACCCUCUUUACGGCAAUGGCAUGGGACGCCGCAGCCGCUUUAGCUUGCCGCCUGGCGUCGGUCUUAUAUUAGGCAUGACUGCUUUGAAUGCCGGUAUUCAGAUUGCAUCCGAAGGCGCAAAGGCGGGUAUCAGAAGUCGUGCUAAUAAAGCGGCUGGCGUUAGCGGAAGUGCUAUCAACACAGGCCCCACCAAAAGCGCAGUAAAAUCAGGCGGCAUUGAUAAUCUCGACAGUGAUAACACUGUCGCUGGAACAAGUAACAGAGAAACUGAUGGUGAAAAGGGUAGAGAGGGUGCGAGCGCUGCCGGUUCCGAUGACGUCGAUAGAAAGCCUGAAAGCAACAAAGGAAAUGAAAUGAACUCUAGAGGAAAUGACCAGAAAGCACAUGUCAGUCCCCAUGGUAAUGCUGCAAGCACAACCUAUGGAAGCAGUACAGGAAGCGUAAGUGGCAGUGGCGAUGCGUCAGGCGCUAGCACUGCAGCUACGGGGGCCAAUGGCACUGCAGCUACUGACGGAAAGGCUUGCAAGAUUGAUGCGUCCGGCUCUGCUCGCAGCGAGGAAGGAACUGCUGCUGGUACUAACAGAUUCAACACGAGGCCUGGCGUCAGCAAUGCAAAUGGAAGUAGCUCUAGUAACGAGAACGGUGGUGUCACUGUCCCUGGAAACAGUGAUGACACGAAAAUCAUCCACAAAUCGGGGGCCGAAUUAGAUCCUGCAAAACAUCCUCAGACGGUGACGCAGAUCCAUGUAGGGCGAUCAACUGUGUCCGUGACGAUAACGUCGAGCUGAUGGCACCAUUUUGACGGAGACGGUGGCCUGACGAGUGAUUUAUUGUACUUGGCAUGGUAAAACUUUAGUGAAGUCCUGCAGAUCGUAAGUCUUCACGAAGCGGGCUGCUCCCACGUGGGAACUGGAUGGCCGAGCCUCUCGGUCGCAUCGUGGGCCUGCUGGACAGCCCAGAGUUGGUCAGCCAGAAGAGGGUUGCGGAGAACCGCCUCCCAUCUGGCGGAGCUGUUAGCGAUGAUAGAGCGUGACCGGGCAUACCGCCAGGGCAUGUGGUCUAACGUGGCUAUUUUUCCACAAUCGUGGCAGGUAGCAUUGAUUUAAGUAUCCGGAUAGAAAAAGUGACGGAUUGGGAUAGGUAUUCGUUCGUAGUAGAUGGAGCGUUAAUGCUUGAGCUCUAUUGAGGUGCGGAUGAGGAACACAUAGGUUCUCCGGCUGAGAUAGUAGUGUUUAGCAAUCUCGUUGUAGGUGGAGGACGUGUACCUGUUCUCUGGGGAGUCGGCUUCCAAUUGGUGGAGUGAAGCGGUAGGCAAGUUCACACACAGCCCCGUGAGCCUACUCGUUCAGGUUGGGAGGAGCACCCUUCAUCUGAGCCUAGUGUGCGGGAAACCAACAAAUGAAGUGGUGCGUGAUUGCCUUGCCCCCAAUAAGUCUGCGGGCCUGUUUGGAAAUGGUGCCUUUUUCAAAUUCUCUUACUGCAGAUCUUGAAUCAAUAUAGUAUACAUCCCGUGAGCUAUCCAGCAGGGCUAGUGCAAUAGCCAUUUGUUAAGCUAUUUCGGAGUCCCUCGUCCGAACCGAGGCAGCAUUGGUGAUUCCUUGCCGACCAUCAACAGUGACGAUGGACGAUAAAAAAUACAUGUUCUAUUAAGACAUGCGGCCAUUCCAUAGGGCGUGCAUUGGCACGGUUGUGUAAUGUGAGAUACCGUUCUAAAGCGCUAGCAGUCAAAGGAAGGAUGAGAGAAAACUGGUGCACCCUCGUAUGUGGUUGGCAAAUAGUUACUAUGUGAGGUGGCAAUUCAACCACCUCAAAGCGCUAGCUUGUGUCAAGAAGUUGCGUUAGUUAGUAGAACCACAUCCAACACGCUAUCAGCGUGACUAAAAACACACUACCGCGUCCCCAUGAUGAGGAUCCCAAGACAGACAGACAGACAGACCGACAGACAGACAGACAGACAGACAGACAGACAGACAGACAGACAGACAGACAGACAGACAGACAGACAGACAGACAGACAGACAGACAGACAGACAGACAGACAGACAGACAGACAGACGGACGGACGGAAGGACGGACGGACGGACGGACGGACGGACGGACGGACGGACGGACGGACGGACGGACGGACGGACAGACAGACAGACAGACAGACGGACGGACGGACAGACAGACAGACAGACAGACAGACAGACAGACAGACAGACAGACAGACAGACAGACAGACAGACAGACAGACGGACGGACGGACGGACGGACGGACGGACGGACGGACAGACAGACAGACAGACAGACAGACAGACAGACAGACAGACAGACAGACGCACACACACACACACUAACAGACAGAGAGACAGACAACCCGCUGUGGUUGCUCAGUGGCUAUGGCAUUAGGCUGCCGAGCACGAGAACGCGGGAUCGAAUCCCGGCCACGGCGGCCACAUUUCGAUGGGAGCGAAAUGCAAAAAUACCUGUGGUGCUUAGAUUUAGGUGCACGUCAAAGAACCCCAGGUGCUCGAAAUUUCCGGAGUCCUCCACUAUGGCGUGCCUCAUAAUCAGAAAAUGGUUUUGGCACGUAAAACCCCAUGAAAAAGAUAGACAGACAGACAACGAACUUUAUUUGAUCCUGAGGAGCUACAGGACAGUCUAGCAGGAGGCCAUUGUAGCCGCUGGCCACGCCCACGCAGAUGACAGAACGCCCUGAUGCUCCGCUCUUUCCUGGCCCCUCUGGAUAGCCUGGGCUUGCUUUCGGAGUACCGUGCUUGUGAUGGCCUACUCCCCACUCGGCUUCGCUGGAGAGAAGGACCACAAAAGCUCCUUUUAUUUCUACACCACUCCCUCUGUUCGCGUAAAGAUGCAGCGCAUCAUUUAUAUCAUUUCUGUGCCCUUUGCAAAUCCCCUUUUCGAAACACAUUUGUAUCUGUAAUUUGGUUUUAGAAAGCGCACAAGCAGAGCACUGUCAUGCACAGGUCAAUCAGAAAACCACAGUCUGCGAAGAGUUUUCAUACGUCUUCGAUUAUCUGAAUAUCGAGCAGCCACAGAACUAGAAAUUGACAUGCCCUCAUUUAGGGUUACUAUCCAUCCUAGAUUGGCUGGGUUGCCCAUCGCGUCUGUUGCCACCAAAGAUGGGGGUAGCGGACACAUAGUCAGGAUAUUCAGUAUGAGCCUCCUGCGAAGUAGCCGAGUAUGUUGAUUUGUAUGGUGAAUUUACGCUGUGCGAAUCAUUCAAAGAGGUGAGCUCUGGAGUAAGUGAUGUGAACAGGAAAAUGCCACUUGCAAGAAAAUGUCGGCGAUACCUUACAAGGACAACUUUCGAUUUCUGGGACAUUUAAGAGCGUUGCACUUGAGCAGGACUCGAAACUGUAGCCGGCACCUUGACGGGCUGCACCAAUACUUCAGCAGUAAGUGCAUGAAUUGGGGGAGACACCAUUCGAAAAUGGGAGAAAUGCACCCUUAGACAACAUUUCCAAAUAAUAGCGAAAUUUGCUAUUUAAAAAGGCAUCGUGUAAAUAUGUUUUUCAUCAAUUUGGUUCACUAUUUUCCGAGGCAUGGCAGGCAAUGAAAUACCGUAUUCACUUUACGUGAACGUACUGUUCUUUUAAAUAAAUUUGUUUAAAAUUUUAAAAAUUGUUCUCCAUGAGGAAGUAUACCCCCCUCAAUCAUCAGCUUUAGAGCCAUCUCUCAACCUAGAACUUCAUGCUCCAACUCGAGCAUCAAAUCUUCGAUGACAAAUGCCGAUACACAAAGGCGAUCUUGUGUCUCGGUCUCCAGCGCGCCAUCGAUAAUGUCUCGCACUUUACCACCUCGAACGCAUCUCCCGCCUCAACCUUGGCGAGCACACCUAGAACUACAUGCGAGACUUUCUAUACACCCGACGGGAGUUUCUCUCGGUUAGAGAUAAUCAAUCGGAGAAAUUAUCUCGGAUGCGCGGCAACCCCACACGGCUCUGUCAUUUCCCCAAUGCUGUUCAAUUUGGUCAUGCUCGGAUUAGCACAGGAACUACAGAAGCUCAACGGCAUAGAACACACCAUCUAUGCCGACACAUUUCCAUCUGGACAACAACGGGCAGAGAUGGGCAAAUCGAAACGGCUCUGCAAGACGCAAGCAAUGCCGUCAAAAAUUAUCUCCAAGGCACAGGACUUCGAUGUUCCUCGACAAGUCAGAGCUCCUCCUACACCGCCCCACGCUCCGUGGAUGCCGACCACUAGGGUCUACGCACAAGCGCCACUAUGAGGAAAUCCAUCGCCACAUGAAGGAUGGUGGAAUCAUACCCGUCGUCUCCACCAUCCGGAUCCUCGGCAUGACCAUCAAAAGCAACAGCGCCAACUCAACAGCUAUGUCCAAGAUCCUCCGAGAGACGGCAAAUACGUUGCGGCUGCUGAAACGGCCGACCAUCCGGCAACAGGGCAUGAAGAAAGAAAGCCUCAUCCGCCUUGUUCCCUCGUUCGUCAUCUGUCACAUCACGUACGUCGCCGCCUUCCAUAAUUGGUACAAAGCAGAGCAGACUAAAUUGGCCAUAACUAUACGCGGCGCCUACAAGCUAGCCUUAGGGCUGCCAAAUUACACCAGAACGGAACUUCUACUCUAGUUAGGACUCCAUAUCACCUUCGACGAAUUAAUCGAAGCACAGAGUCGGUCUCAUCCGCAGCGUCUCACCCUGACAGAAACGGGCCAUCACAUUCUAACUAAACUCGGCAUCACCUACCACCGUCAACAUGGAGACAAAUACCCAAUUCCACGCGACGUACAGACUUCGCUAGAUGCCGACACUAUCCCUAAAAUCAUGCACCCGGACUACAAUAAAGAACGUCGGAAGGCAAGGGCGGCUUCCCUCAUUAAAGCCUAUGGUGACACCACGGGCGUCACCUUCGUCGGCGCAGCUGACGAAGGUGACGGGCCCCGCUUCGCCGUGGCUACCACAGUAUGCGGCUCGCUCAAGCAUGCCGCCAGCGUCGUGACCCAAACCGCGAGACGACCGAGGAAGUGGCCAUCGCCCUGGCCACCCUCGAUCCGGACCGCCACAAAAUCGUGAACGAUUACCGCACGGCCAUAAGCAAUUACACCAAAAUUCGUAUUUCACAACAAGCCCUGCACAUCCUACACCAAGCCCAUCGCUCACACGAAACCCAAAUCACUCGACGACGUACAUGCGCACCUCACCAACCUCAACGAGCUCGCUCACUUCAUAGCAUGAGGCCUUGUCAACCAUGCUGGAGACAGCGCAGGUGCACCCACCGAACGCGAUCGCCUCCCCAGCUACAACAACCUUACGAAAUCAUUCUAUCUCGAAAGAAGAACCUUACCAUGCAUCCCUCAUCAGAAAAUAAACAGAGCAUACGCAACCACCCUUCGCAUGUUACAGACAACAUGUACAACUCACUAAAACGUUGCCAUAGGACCCAACCAGACAUCUACCCUGACUUGCAAGAUGUGUAAGACUCAGGCAGCAUCGCUUCCCCACAUGCAACGGGGAUGUAAACACUAAUAUCAGACAAACAAUACUGUGACCCUCUCGUCGAAAUGGGACGCCAACCACCGCAGCUCCCACCUCCACGACCAACUCUGGGCUACCCAGCAAGCCUGCGAGACGGAUAAAAGGCAUUACCUCGACGUCCCCACGUGGGAGGCGUAGGCCCAGCCAACUAAACUGUUCGUUUCAAUAAAAGUUUGUUCAUCCUGCUCCUUCCUCAUAAGGAAGUAAUCAACAUUUCGGUUUCAUUAAAAUAUGUUUGUUAGCAGACA